AUGCCACAACGCAACCAGGAUGAUGGAGAAGAUUUCAAAGCCAAAAUCAAUGCUAUUGAGUCUGAUGAGUCUGAUGACAGUGACAGAUCAGACGAACAAUCUGGGAGUGACCUUGACCAGGUGAGGACGGUCUUAGCUGUCCCCAGUGCAGAUGCCCAGAUGCACGAGGUUCGAAAGGCUCUUGCAAUGGCCCAACAAGCCUACAAUGCAACACAAUCUGAGUUAUGUGUCCUCAAGAGGCAAUAUCUCACGCUAAAUACACGCUGUUCUGUCAAUUUUGGUGCUACACGUUGGACCUCUCCUGACGCAAAACUCAAAGGCGCCAUGGCCGAACUUUAUCUCUUCAUACCCAAAGAUCUACACCACUCAAUGGAAACAUAUACUCGCUUUGGAUCCUUGUUCCGUGCUGCAGUCAGUUCCGAGAGGUCGAAUAUCCUGCACAGCAUCAAGGACUGCGCAAGCGUUAUUUUUUCUCCCUUCAAGCUCAAUCCCAGUCUCUUUGCCGACCAGCCUUCAAAAAAGCAAGACAAUAAAGAUCUCCUUGUCCUGUUAAAGAGGAAUGGGGAGGGCGACUACAUUCGGCUGGCGCCUGUGUUAUUUGAAAAACCCAAUGCGAUGGCAGCUGACGACUUUCUCAAAUCUCUGGUCCUCGUCAAAAUUGUGCGCGUUGAAGUCUUUGGGAAGGUGAUACUCGGUGGGAAGACACGGGGCCAUCCAAAGGGCAGGGGUCUGCAUAUGGGUGCGCAGAGUGUCUCAGAGGGUAUGAUUGCGGGUGCGGCUAUAUUGGCAAGUUUCUCUUACGCACGUUUCUUGUUGACACAUGAUGCCGAGCUCACUGCAAUGGGAGCAGAGACGAAAAUCAAUUACCAGAAGGACUACGACUUCUACUUAGAAUACCUAUUCAAAAGCACCCCAUGGGCAAUCAGCUGCACCUACAUCUACUGCACCUUCCGCCUCUGCGCUUGCACUUGGGAGGAUGAUUUCUUGCAGGAACUGGAUAACAUGGACCCCGUCACCCACACUCCUUCACCAGCUCAUUCGAUUGCACGUACACCUUCCCCAGUUCUUUCUACCCUUUCCGCUCUCUCUGCAGCUCCCCCAUCUUCUGCCGUCAUCAUCCAGGAUGACCAUUCUGUCUCAACUGCCUUGAACUAUACCUCAACCCAGAUGUCCGUAAGUCAAACACGCAUCACUUCUGCUUCUACUACGCAGCUGCAAGCAAACAUGGGUCAAUUGUCACUUGCUGACAUGGCGGACAAUGUAACUGGUCCGCCUGCACCAACAGGUCAUAAUUUAAAAGCACCUACCCGUCGGAGUCGUGUUUCAGCGCAGCCUGCCACCGAGACCAUGGCAACCUCAGAAGCACCUGCAGCGGCUCCAAAGGUCAAGCGUGUUAGUACCCGGAGCAAGUCUAAGGUGGCAAAGUACAAGUGA